AUGGCACAAGCAACAAAGAAAACGACCAACCUCAGCAACAAUGUCAUAUCCUCCUCGAAGAACUGCACACUCACGCUUGACUCUGCAAAAUUCUCGCCAGCACUCAACAACGUUUUGGUCAUGGCAGGUCGCAAGCCCCCAGUCCUCGAGCCGAACCCAGCGGUUGUAACCUGGCAAGGGCCAUUUCAAUACGAAGGCUUGGACCUAUGGCGGCAGGCACUGCGACGCGAGUACGAUCGACAAAUAGCAGCUCAGCCCAACGAGGUUCCCGAAAGAUGGGUGAGGAUUGCGCAGAAUAAACCAGACGAAGCCGCGCGGAAUCGGUAUUUCAACGACUUUUACUCCGACUUGCCUUCGCCGGUCCGGAGGGCUUGGGAACGCGAGUCCCACACUCGGUGGCCGCGGCGGUGGACCCAAGGACCGGCGGGCUAUCUGGACGUUUACGCCAACGAGGAUGAGAUAUACUAUACGAGGAAGGCGGGGAGGUGGAGCAUGGGUGAAAGUCAGAUCAGGGACAUGUAUGACGCAGACUUUAAAACCCUGUCUCCGGGCGCUCAGUCCCAGUUUCGGGAUCGGGCUGAUGCGAUCACGGACGCGCGUGGUCUCGUCCUCCCGCCGGGCAGAAACCUCAAGAAACCGGUCCGGGGUGUCCCUGCGAAUGGCCCUGUGCAGAGCCGCGACGUGCAGAGAGAGGAUUUGGAGACGAUGGAUCCACAGAUGCUGGGUAUGCUCUAUCAGGGUCAUGAAUGGGCCAUUGCCGCGAGCUUUGGCGGAAACGGCAGUUUCGGUGAAGCUAUCGUAUGGCGUGUGACGGACCAGUACGGGAGGACACUAAAGAAAAUAUUCCUCAAGCGAGACAGAAUCAGGGAUGAUUGGACGUCUAACAAGGAGCGUUGGUUGCUAUGGCAUAUGGCGGUCAAUUUUUACAACCAAGUCCCGAACCAUCUUGGAGGAUUAAGCCCCUAUGUCCCGGUUUUUCUUGGAGGAAGGAAUGGUACUGCCACUGCCGUCGGUAGAACGUGGCUCGAAUAUGCAAUCUACGGGGACUUGGGAGGCCUCAUGGAGUACUACAUUGACAACGACCUCGUCAUCCCCGAGCCUUUCGCCUGGUACCUCCUCCACUGCAUGGCCAAGGCGCUCUUCUACCUCGAGAGGGGCCACCAAGACCGCAACACGCCGCAGGGAUGGAGACCAAUGUUCCAUUACGACAUCAAGCCCCAGAACAUCCUGCUCGACGUUCCCCAGUCGGACGGUCCCGAGUGGUGCCGCGGCUACCCCCGGCCCAUACUUGCAGACUUCGGCGGCGCGGACUUGUACCCAAAUCCCAACUCACCAGACCAGAUUCCACAACAUGUGCGCGGCUCCGGAACCCCAAGGUUCAGUUCCUUUGAAAUGUUCGGCCCCUGGCACCAAACCACCUCCAACAUCGAACGCGCCACGGGCCCGCACCGCCGCAGCCGGCGCCGCCACAGCCCCGUCGCGCCCGAACACCCAAACAUCUCGAUCCCCUCCCCCCUCCCGCCCCGCGCGACGCCCUACAAGCAGGACCCCCUCCCGACCGACAACCCCGUCCGGCUGCACUCGUCCAUCCACUCGCUCGGCAUCGCGCUCUGGUGCGUGCUCGCGCUCACGCACAGCCCGGCGGGGCAGCUCUUCGCGUGGCGCGGCGCGGGGCACGGCGGCCGCGACACGCGCAUCAAGCCGAACGCGUACCCCGCGUGGUGGGACCGGCUGCCGGGGCAUGCGGCGCGGCGGCCGUGGCCGUGGCGGGUGGCGAAGAGGGCGGAGCGGGAGAAGUGGGCGGGGUUGGUGGAGAGGGGGUGGGCGUGGGGCCAGGAGGUGAGGUUGAGGGGUGGGAGGAAGAGGUUGAGGCCGGUGCCGAGGGUGCUGGAUGAGUUGGGGAAGAGGCCGAGGGAGUGGGUGGGUGGCGGGAGCGGGGUCGCUGCGUGGGCGCCGUAUGGGGUCGAGGGGCAGUUGAGGCCCGGGUAUAGUGCGAGGUUGGUGGAGUUGGUUUACAAGUGCAUGAGUCCGCGCGUGGAGGAUAGGCCGACGCCGGCGCAACUUUGGGACGAGACGGAGCGGGCGAUGAACGAUAUUACGGCAAAGUAUCCUGAUGGGAGCGGGAGGCGUCCUCAAGGCUUGCUGAUGCAGCCAGACAAGUUCCCUAUCGGAUAUAACGUUUUGAACUCGGUUUGGUCGCAACCAGCUCCAGAUGAACAGUUAUUUUAG